AUGUUCUCUGCAAUGUCUAAGGUUCAUGGACUGGAAUGUGACAUGGCAACUGCUGUAUUGGAAGACAAGGAUUUAAUGAAGACCCUGGAGGAGAACCAGUAUGACCUGGUGCUUACUGACCCAGCAUGGGGGACUGGUAUUUUGGUGGCUCAUUAUCUUCAGCUACCUCUAGUCUACAAUGUACGGUGGAUAACCAGUGGAGAGGGGCAUUUAGCCAUUGCGCCAUCCCCCAUGUCUUAUAUUCCAAUGACUGGAUCAGGGCUCUCACACAAAAUGACCUUCACAGAGAGAGUAAAGAAUAUGAUUUUCUAUUUGCUUUGGGAAGUUCAGUGCAGACUUGUAAUCCAGCCACAUUACCAGGCUGUUUGUGAUGUGUUUUUCCAACCAGGUGUGGACUUCUAUGAGUUAUUACAGGGGGCUGAUCUAUGGCUCAUGAGAGUUGACUUUGUGUUUGAGUUCCCUCGUCCCACCAUGCCUAAUGUUAUCUAUAUGGCAGGGUUCCAAUGUAAACCUGCAAAGCCUCUUCCCAAACUAGAGGAGUUUGUUCAGAGUUCUGGGAAUUAUGGAGUCAUUAUCAUGUCUUUGGGGACUUUUGUGUCUGAGUUUCCACAUGAUAUAGCUGAUGUGAUAGCUGCUGCUUUUGCCCAACUACCUCAGAAGGUAAUCUGGAGACACAAAGGAGACAGGCCAGCUACUCUGGGCAACAAUACCUUACUAGUUGACUGGAUGCAAAAUGAUCUGUUAGGACAUCCAAUGACGAGGCUGUUUGUAGCUCAUGGAGGAACAAAUGGGGUUCAAGAGGCUAUUUACCAUGGAAUUCCUGUUGUGGGUCUACCUCUGUUUUUUGAUCAAUAUGACAACCUCCUUCGUCUGAAAAAAAGAGGAGGAGCGAAGCUUUUAUCCAUGGCAACAGUAGACAAGAACUAUAACUUCCUGGAGGCCUUGCAGGAAGUUCUGGAUGAGCCAUCCUACAGGACGAACAUGCAGAGACUCUCCAGGCUACACAGGGACGUGCCAAUGGAACCCUUGGACACUGCCCUCUUCUGGAUUGAGUUUGUCAUGAGACACAAAGGUGCUGCUCACCUGCGUACAGAGUCCUACAGAAUGCCUUGGUACUCCUACCACUCUGUAGAUGUUGUCCUGAUAUUGUUGGCUGUUGUAGUAGUGCUUAUUCUUCUUCUUGUUGCAAUAGUCAGAUAUUUAAGCGUUAGAAGUUGCUUGAAAAGAAAGAUUAAAAUGGAAUGAACAGAUCAAUUCUCCACAUUCUGGUACACAAAAAUAAUAGGAUAAGUUGUAAUAUGUAGCUUUUAGGGUGAACCAA